UGAUCGUUUCGUUUGUGGUUUGGGCGAAACUAAUAUUAUCAAAUAUUAUUGUGACUUUGUUGCGGUAAACUCUUACCAUAGUUAGAAGCAAACACACUACAAAAUUAUGUCUGGAAAUGUGGAAUUAUUUACUACUCGUAUGAGAAGAGCCACAAGAAAAAUUCAUUCGGUCAGUGACGCUUUGGUGAAUGCAAAGUUUGCUAUCUCACUCCGUGACGAGACUGUAUGGGGAGGAGGCCUGUUUGUUUUUUACCAUAUUUUUGCAUAUCUGGAAGAUGCUAAGGGGAGGUUAAAAAUGCCUGAUCUGAACAGGCUUUUUGUCCACAAAUCUUUACACAGGAAAAGCGCAUUUGAAGAAGAUCUUCAGCACUAUCUUGGUGACAGCUGGAAGACAUUACCAAAGUCAAGCGCUCUGGAGAACUACUUAGAACACCUUCAAGGAUUGGAAAAGGAGAAUCCAACUUUACUGAUGGCAUAUGUGUAUCAUUUGUAUCUGGGAUUGCUUAGCGGUGGCCAGAUACUUGCUAAGAAAAGGAAAAUGUUUGGUGACAAAAAGGAGAAUGCAGGUUACGUUGAUAAGGUGACUGAUUUCAGUGAUGUUGACAUAAGCAAGCUCAAAAAUGAUUUCAGAGAUGUUAUGAAUCAGAUAGCAGAGAAUAUGUCUGAUCAAGAGCAACAGGCCUUUAUUGAAGAAAGCAAUCAAGUAUUUCUUAUGAAUAAUCUCAUAGUGAAUUCUGUCGGUGGCCAAAAUCAAGUAAUUUUCAAUUUGCUGUAUAAAAUAUCAGCAUUUGCACUUGUUAUCGUAGGCGUAGUUCUCGCUUAUAAAAUACAUAAGUAAAUCAAUUUAUUUUAAUAGUUAGUAAGUGACAAAUUGUUGAUUGUGAUUUAGAAAUAAUAAUGUUUGUUAAAGGUAUUACGAAGACUGAUUAUAUUUUUGAAUAGCAAUUGUAAAACAUACCUGUUAUAAUUUAAUUGUUUUUAAUAAUUUUGGGUGACCAAAGAAAAAAAAAGUCGUAAGUAUCUAUAAAAAUAAUUUCAUUUUAAUUUAUUAAGGAAAUUUCUUUCUUACAUUAUUUCAUAUAAAUAAUUACUCAUCUGAAAGUGUUUGUGGAAAUAUAUGAACAGUAUGCAUGUGAAAUAAAAUACUUACAAACUUUAGACUUGCUCUUAAUUUUUACACUUAUUAAUUAAUAUGGCACAUAACACUCUUAGAAUAGUCUUACUGCUCUUAUUGCGAAAUGUAGUGAAAAAUUAUAUCACAAUAUCUUUCAUUAUGUUAAUUGUUUUGUAGUUUCUACUACACGACAUGCUAAAAGUUUUUAAAAGCUACAAGUCUAUAUAAUGAUAUAAUCGUUCUUGUCAGAUAGUGAGUUGCACAAUAAGCUCUCUAGAUGAAUAAUGUUGCUAUCAGCUUAGCGAGGGAAUGGCGGGCGGGUCCAUAGCCAUGUCUAUGAAUUCGUCGAUGUUAUCCUUAUUCCAAAAAGAUAGCUCCGUCUGAAAAUAAAAAUCUCGUAUCAAUUUUUAAAAUUUGCAUUUUUUUUAAAUGUUUGUUUAGGUAACGGGCUUAGUGAUGAAAUACGUUAGCAGUCUAGAGCUUAUAUAGACACA